UCGAUACCAAAGUGGUUGAUCCAAAUUUUUUGUCAUUUUCUUCCUAACAACUAAGGUUGACCAAAGUGGUCUAUAUCUAGUAUAUAAUCUGCCAAUAUAAGAGAACUUGAUCAAAAUCAAACGAGGCUGCUCCUGCACCAAGCUCAUUUCAUGGCAAAAUAUGAUAGAGCAGCUGAGCUUAAAGCUUUCGACGAAACUAAAGCUGGUGUCAAAGGACUUGUCGAUGCUGGCAUCGCUGAGAUUCCACGUAUUUUUCAUCAUCCUUGGUCUGAUGAUCAUUACACCAAGAACAGUAGUUCAGUUUCAGGAGAAACUACUGUACCGAUCAGUAUUCCAGUUAUAGACCUUGAAGGUCUUGACAAAGACGAUGUUCGACGAAAGAAGAUCGUUGAGAAGAUAGGAAAAGCUUCAGAGAGUAGUGGCUUCUUCCAAAUUAUCAACCAUGGAAUCCCUGAAAGUGUUUUGGAGGAGAUGAAAGAAGGUGUUCGACGAUUUUUCGACCAAGAAACUGAGGUGAAGAAAGAGCUUUAUACUCGAGACUACUCGAAUCCAGUGUACUAUAACAGCAACUUUGAUCUGUAUACUGGUAUUUCAACCAAUUGGAGAGAUUCCUUUCUUUGUCAUAUGGCUCCUAACCCUCCAAAACCAGAAGACUUGCCCAUAGUAUGCAGAGACAUACUUUUGGAUUACUCAAAACAAGUAGUGAAAGUGGGUACAUUAUUGAUGGAAUUAUUCUCUGAGGCUCUAGGGUUGAAUCCAAAUCACUUGUACGACAUAGAUUGCGCGGAAGGAUUAACAGUUUUAGGUCAUUACUAUCCACCAUGUCCGCAACCAGAACUAACUAUGGGAGUAACCGAGCAUGCUGAUGUCGACUUCUUCACUGUGCUUCUUCAAGAUGAAGUUGGUGGUCUUCAAAUUCUAAACGACAAUCAAUGGAUUGACAUUUCACCUCAAUCGGGGGCUCUAGUGGUCAAUGUUGGAGAUCUUAUGCAGCUUAUAACAAAUGACAGAUUCAAAAGUGCUGUGCACAGAGUUGUGUCAAGCCAUGAAGGUCCUAGAGUAUCUAUAGCAAGCUUCUUCUGCACUGGUAUGAUUCCAACCUCAAAAUUGUAUGGACCCAUCAAAGAGUUACUAUCAGAAAACAAUCCUCCAAUUUACCAGGAAGUCACAACGAGUGAUUGUUGUGGUCAGUUACAAUUGAAAGGCCUUGGUGGAAAGAAUUCGGUCUUGGAUUAUUUUAAGCUUGACAAAACAGAGAAAUGAAAUGGUCAAAUUCAUUAUUAUAUAUAUGAUAUGAUGUUGAGAUCGAUCUAGACUAACUAAGUUUAAUUAAUCUGUUUACUUAAUAGUUAAUCUUCAUAGAUUUGGUUAACAUGUUUGGUUAUCUCUUUAUGAUAAAUCUGUAAUUGUUCUUUUAAUUUUCCAACUUGUGUUCGUACUUUGUAAGCAUGCUUAACCGU